UGCUGGCCUGCCGCGCGACCACAAGUCCCUCAUUACUCGCAGCCCGAGCAGAGCACACGAUGGCGGUCCUCCCGCCCACGUACCUCGGCGCGGUCAUCGUGCUCUUUGUGCUCUUCCGACUGCGCCACAUUGUGAGCCUCACGACAUUGCUCAUGCACCGCGUGUCGUACUUUCUACCGCCAUCGACUGCAGUGCUCGAGUCGCUCAACACGCCGCCGCCGCCCAAGAAGGCCAAGGCGCCCAAGCCCGAGAAGACUGCGACCGAGCGCCUCGAAGCCAUGAAGCUGCUCAUGACGCCGAUCGAGACCGGGUCGCUCACGCACUGCCUCUACUUUGACUUGCUCGACACGAUGGUGCUGCUUGGCGCGAGCGCCAUGGUGGUGUUUUGGCUCCAGCAAGGCGCCGACGCCGCUUCGCCCGACGCAAGCUACUACGUGCUCGUCGUUGCGCUUUUGCUGAGUGUGCUCUUUCCUGUCCACGUCAAGUUUGGCCAUGGCGUCUUUGGCUCGUACGAAGCGCGGCUCGGGCUUGUGGUCGGCGGCCUCGCGCUCAUUGUCGCCUGCUUUUGCCUCUACACGCCGGCCGGUGUCUUUGAUUUCGAUGUGGACGGCGCGAGCUCGUCGCUCACGUUUCGCGUGGAGCGUGUGCUUGCGUCGAUCACCGGCAACACCACGGUACCCGCGCCGCCAACGCGGUCGGUCUCGCUCUACCUCGGCGGCAGCCUCGGGCUUGUCGCGGGCGUCAUUACGUCGACGCAGUUUCUGCCCGCGCUUCGUUUCGCGCGCAUGUACCUCGACUUUAUCUCGAGCCGCGCAAUCAACACGAGCUGGAAGAUCAUACUCCACGUCAACCAGCUCCUCCCGCUGCUUGUCGCUGCCACGUUUGUCCGGCCGUUCUACGCGCCCUUGCUCACCGGCGCCGUCGUGUGCGACGCAGUCGAUACCACGCUCUUUGCGCUGGCGCCGCGCGACUGCGGCGCCGCGUUCAUGACCGAGUCGACGUUUCGGGACAUUCGCUUGGGCCUCAUUGUGCUCACAGCGCUACUGCGGCUUGCGUGCUUUCGGUCGCACUUGCAGUACUUUCUGCUCGAGCCCAAGGGCAUCAUCACCGGCAUGCUCCUCCAGCGCGGUCGCAUCGACACGUCGGCGGUCGUCGACAAGCUCGUGAUUCCAUUCUCUUACAUUCCAGUGGUCGCACUGCAGUACCUUGCGCCGUGCCUCACGUACGUCGCUGCCGCGAUGCUGCUCCAGCGCAAGACCCCGCGCUGCUUUCACUGGAUGGCGUGGCUCGAGCACGUUGGCGUCGACAGGUCGCUCGUCGUCUGCGAGGCCACGACGGCACCGGCACCGGCAGCACCCGCGUUCUUCCUGGCCGCCGGCACCGACUUGGACACGAACGUGCUGCAGACCAUCGUGACGGGACUCCAAGGAUAUCCGAUCGCCCUGCCGUAUGUGUUCGAAACGAUCCUGGGCUUUGCCAUCUUUUGGACGGCUUUUUCGUGGUUUGGCUUGUCCGUGGCAGGCCUCGUGUACUGGCGCCGCGUCGGCACGCACCACGUGAGCGUCGAGCAAGAAGAGGUCGUGACCAAGCACAUCAAGCGCAAGCUCCAGCGCAAGCACAAGCUCUUGUAAGGUCAAGCAAUAGAAGCCGUCGUGUCCCACCUGCAGA